AUGUUCGCUCAAUCGUUGCAUGCAGUCUUCCCAGCUCUGAAGGGCCCUGUCAAUCUGCCCUACGAGAUUUUCCUCCUCAUCGUAGAGGCAAUGAUUUCGGAGGCUUACGCGAGAGCUAGACAGGAGAAGGUAAUCUACAAAAUUGAUUUCACAAACGGACGGUACCAAAGUGUCCCGCAAUCCAGCUUUUCUGUUGUAUUGGAGAGCCGUAAAGGCGUCAAGAUACAGAUGCAGCGAUGGAAACAAAUCCGCGACCUUCUACGAGUUGACGGAACCAGCAGAUGCUUAGUAGGACGAGUCUUCGUUACCAACGACAUGAUUUGGCCGCAAACUCUUACUCCUGAAACGCUGCUGUGUUUUCCCAACUUGCAAGAAAUUUGGGUCCAAGUCGAACAAAAGUUCACAGGGAUCGAUCCGAGAGUCUCUUUCCAUGACUCUCACGAUGACGACAUGCCACUCGACACCCAGAUUCUCCCAGAACUGGGUCUGGAUGCAUCAGGUCACGACAUGAAGACUUUGAAGACGCAGUUACGCGUUGCAGAAAAACGAGGUAUUAAUGUUCACGUAACAACAGGCAGAGCAUGGACACAGAGUUCCCGAGCCAAGACGUUACGAUUAUUCUUGAAGGACGGAGCUGUUCGCAUGCAGUUGGUUGACCCGCAUUGCGAUUGUUACCUUGAGCUUGCUGAGGAUCUCAGAGCUCUUGGCCUUACUCUAGAGCAAGCGAUGCAACAGGAUCAGUGCUUUACAAGGCUUGGACUGUGGUAUCUACGAUAUCUAGGCUGCCAUGGAGGAGCGUUUGAGGAGCAUGCUUUGCAAUUUCAUUUCCAGAGGUUGUUUGUAUCACUUGCGGUAGAUUGCAGCUUACAUCGAGUUCUUGACUUAUUUUCCUAUCAUAAGCUGACGGUCGAUGCUGUUUCACAGCGUCUUUUGGCCACUUCAAUUGUGACGAGACCAUAA